UAUUGUACUCGUCGAAUGACUGAAUCUUAAAGGGAUUUAAACGGUGAUUGAUGAGUAAUGUGUUUAUUUUUUAAGCGUUAAUAUAAUUGCAUAAAUGUUAAUACAACAAUAACUAAUAAACUUAAAAACUGAGAUAAGUUACCAAAUACCAGUGACAAGCCACGUCUGGACUCUUGAACUAUACUUACUACUACAGCCAUUCCAGAAUAAUUUCGAUCAUAUUCUUAUUAUUCUAUGGUAACGAUGUAGAUUGCGAGCACGUCUAAUCAUUAACUAUAAAAGUUAAAUUUGUUCAUAACUCGGAACAGUCUAAGAGAUUACAUUUUACUCGCCAGUAAGUUUAUAUACGGGUUUUUUCCGAUACCUUAGUUGAAAUAAUGUCAUUAGUCAAUGUAACUUCAUAAUGUCUAAUUUAAAACUGGAACUCGAUGAGUAUCUUAAUAAAAAUCAAAAAAAUAGAGCCCAUAAUGGGCACCACGUACAUAUUCCCAAAGUGUUUAAAAAACUCCUUAACAGCGAAUCGGGAGAACAAACAGAAAACCUGUUGGAUUCAACAAAGACGACUUAUUUUAAUUUUCCACAAAUGAGUAAAACCCAAAGAAUAUUGGGAUUUGUAGUUUGUGUGUCAAUCAGUUGUUUGAUGUUCUCUUUAUCAGCAUUAUACUUGCCAGUACUUCUAUUAAAAGCUAGGAAGUUUGCAAUUUUAUAUGCUUUUGGAAGUAUUUUUGCUUUUGCCAGUGUAUCAUUUUUGACGGGUCCAUUGAAUCACUUCAAGUAUAUGACGUCUAAAGAGAAGCUUCCUUUCAUGUUUGGCUACAUUUCAACUCUUUUGAGUACUUUGUAUUUUUCAUUGUGGAUGAAGAGUACUCCAUUCACUUUACUAUCAUUGACCAUUCAUUUGAUACUUAUUUUUUGGUUUUUAUUAAACUCCAUACCAUUUGGUCAAAAAGGUUUAUCAUUUUUUGGACGUUUAUGUUCAUCUAUGGUAAAAAGUAAAGUGUCAAAUUCAUUACCUGUUUAAAAAUAUUUUACCUAUUAUUAUUUAUUGUUAUUAUUGUGAUUUAUUUGUAAUAGCAUAUUGUUGUUUUUCAAUUAAACUGUUUUUUUUAUAAUUACUAA